ACGGGGCCUCACGAGCGGCUUCAUUCCAGGGCCCGAGGAUGUGCGCGGUCGUGCUGCUGGAUCUCGCGCACGCCUGCCGGUGCGGGUGCACCGACCGGCUGCUGCGCGAGGAGUCCGCCGUCGCACACGCGCACGUGUACGUGUUGCCCGGCGCCGGCCACGUCGCGGACGCGGCGACGCUCGCGUACGGGAGCGCGCACCGGCUGGACUCGCGCUCGACAGCCGGGUGCGUGUACGAGCUCAAGCGGGCGGCGGAUGACCUGGACGUGCGCGCGCUGCGCGUCAUCACGAGUGUGCGGGGACGAGAGCGGCUCCUUCGGUACCAGCAGCUGCUCUUUACGGACUUGUACACCUUCACCUACAGGCUGGGAUGCCCCCGCCCCACCCCCACGCACUCACCUGAAGUGGAAGUGGAGGAUGACGUCAGUAACUUUUUGCACACACUUCCGGCGCUGGGCGGGCCCGUCAGAUUGCUGACGUCAUCGCUGUUUCCAGACUGUUUCGGCCACGGUUUCAGCACGCGUUCAGGGGGCAUCUCCUACAUUCCCACCUUGUCCUCCUUGAACUUGUUCAGCAGCGUCAGGAGGCGCGACCCCCCCGCCGUGGUGGAGGAGAACAGACGCCGACUGGCGCUCCACGCCGGGUUCCACCCGCGUCCCUUCCACCUGGCCAAGGUCGAACAUUCCAGCCAGGUGUGGAUCGUGGGUGAAGCCGAGCCAGAGAGCUAUGACGCCAUCGUUACCGAUAGGCCGGGGUUCGUCAUCGCCGCUCCGGGCGCCGACUGCAUCCCUAUGGUCUUUGCCGAUCCUGUGACGAAAGUGGUCGGCAUUGCUCACGCAGGAUGGAAAGGAACCUUGAUGGGUGUCGCCAUGGCAACAGUGGAGGCCAUGGUGACGCACUUUGGUUGCAGCUCCAAGAACAUCCUGGUGGCCCUUGGACCGUCGGUGGGGGCGUGUUGUUUCAAACUGGCGCGAGCGCACGCAUCUAACUUCCAUCCGGUUUGCAUCACAGACCCCCAGUCAGCCAAGCCCCACGUCAACAUCCGCUUGGCCAACAGGCUCUUGCUCCAGGAGGGCGGAAUUCUGCCGGAGCACAUCCACGACGACACGGUGAUGGACAGGUCACACGUGACGCCGUGCACUUCCUGCCAUCCCCGAGACUUCUUCUCCCACGUACGAGACGGACCUAACUUUGGCACCCAAGUGGGCUUUGCGUGGAUCAGGGAGGCGGGAACGCCCCACUGACAGAGAAGGACAUUUUCUAUUUAGGACAUGGGACUGUCGAACAGAACAGAUGAAAACAUUUUUGUACAAACCUUCACAUGUUUUAUUCUCAUCAAUGACCAAAUAUUUCUGCUCAGAUAAUAAAGCUGAGAUGAUCUGCUGA